AUGGAUUCCUUGGAGACUGUGGAGGUCAUCUCCGACACCAGCGCUCGCUUCCGCUACCAUUGCCCGGCGAACGUGGUGCGGGAGAUGACGCUCGACGGAUCGCACUACACCCCACAGUUCGGUGUGGGUGGCCUCAUGUGGCGUCUUCACCUGCAGCAGCGCCGCUCCGCACAGACGGAGGAAAAUUUCCUCGCCGUGCACCUUCAGAGCUGUUCCAGCGAGGCGGUUGUGGCACAGUUCAGGCUGACGCUGCUGUGCUACGAGGAUCCACCCGCGUCGAAGAGCCACACGUUUCGAUGCUCAUUUAAUAAAUCCGGCAGCGCCUGGGGUAUGAAUCACUUUAUCCCAAUAGCGCGCCUCCUUCGGCCGGAAAGCGGUUUCCUGUACGUAGAUGAAUCCACUGGCCUGCGCUACUUUGGCAUUGAGGUCACGCUGAAGAUAGUAGAUGCCGGUGGUGGAGGUGGAGGCGUCGGCGACAGGAGUAUUUCGCGUAUUCGCUCCAGCUCUCCCUCUGCGCAGUCUAUUCAGUUCCACGACCCGGGCCGCUCACUGCUGCGAAUGCGGCAUACUGCUGAGAACACCAACGGCAGCACAGCGCGUUCUGUGUCUACGGUUCGCCGCCUCGGUGGGGCGCCGGUGCGGAGUCCAAGUAGUGGCGGCACACUCCACGCCGUGCGGGCGCCGUUGUUGUACCCGUUUGAGCACCUUGAAGGACUAACUGAUAUGUCGUUUGAUGUGCAGGGCGUCCGUGUGGGGGCGCACCGCUGCGUCGUUGCGGCUCGCAUGCGACCCCUCCUGCCGGAGCACGUGCUGCCGCUGCAGCCCGGUUGCAUCGUAGCUAUUGCGGUUCCACUGGACGUCUUCUCCGCCUUUCUUCGGUACGUGUACACGGAGGAGGCCCCGGAACAGGGUGUGCUGCCCCCCGAGGCGCUGUUAGAUUUGUACCUGCUCUCUGCUGCCUGUGAGUUCUACGACCUCUGCGGUUCAUGCCUCAAGUUUGUGCGUCCGCUCCUCUCGCCAGAGAACAUACUUCCCAUUGUGCUGACGCGGUACAACGCGGGGGAUGAGGUGCUCAACGCGCUCUAUCUCCGCGUCCUCCUCGACAACUACGACUCGCUCAUACAGGACCCACAGUUUGAGGAGAUUCCUGGCCACUUGUUCCGCCGCCUCUCCCUCAUCCUGCGCGACAAGGAGCCGGUGCCGCAGGUGGCUAUCCCCGCGUCAAAGAACACGCUUAGCAAGCAGCUUGCUUGGCUGGCGGAGUCCGGGGAGUACAGCGACAUGGAACUAGUGGUGGGUCCCAAACAUGUGGUGGUGAAGACGCACCGCUACAUUCUCGCUUCGCGUUGCAUUCUCUUUUCGCAGGCGAUGAACCCCCGCUCGUCGAUAGCGGUACCGCCAUUAACCUCCGCGGAGUUUGACUUCUCGCAGCGGUCGUGGCAGAAGCUGCUGACGGGGAUUUACAGACACCACCUCGAGUCGUUCCGCGACUUCUCCGCCGAGGAUGUGGCGAUUGUGUUCAAGAUGCACAACAUCUUCGGCAUGGACGGGCAGCUCAAGAAGGAGGCGGACGACGCCUUCAACUACCAGAAUGCACUUCGCCUGCUGAUAUACGCCGUGAAGCACCAGGUGCUGGAGCUGCACGAGCGGGCCAUCAUCUAUGUCGCAAGCAACUUCAGUGCACUCAUCCGCAAUGACCCGCAGGCGUGGGAACUCAUCAGCGAGUUGCCGCAGCACGCGGUGGUGACGCUCUUCCGCACGGUGGUCGAGAAUCAAACCUGA